AUGGACCCCCUGAUGGUCCUGGAAGUGGAGGAGCCUGCGGAUUUGACACAUGCAGAUGUUGGACAAGCUCCAUACUCAAGCAUGAUAUCUGCCGGAAAUGCCAAGAUCUUCCUCUCAGGACAUGGCUGUGGUCAGUGUUUUCAGGUCCAAUGCUCAGCUGAACAAUGCUCGGGCCAACCAAUCACUGUGACCAUCACAGAUGAAUGUCCUGGAGCUUGUAACAACGUACCAUUUCAUUUCGACUUGAGUGGCCAUGCUUUCGGGGCAAUGGCUAAACCUGGGCAAGAAAAUAAUCUCCGCCAACUAGGACAAGUUGAUAUCCAAUUCAGAAGGGUGUCAUGCAACUAUCAAGGUGCAAACAUUGCGUUCAAAAUCGACCAACAUAUCAAUCCAAACUAUUUUGCUUGUGCAAUUGAAAGCAUCAAUGGAGACGGUGACAUUGGCUCUAUGCAACUCAAACCGGCAAACUCUGACUGGAUUCCAAUGCAACAAUCCUGGGGUGCAACAUGGAGUGCUAACAUCAACCCUUCAACUCAAGGCCCACUUUCCUUCAGAAUUACUACCUCAUCUGGAAAAUCACUACGCCAUAUAUGGUCUACGGCAACAUCCAAAAAAAAAUGUUAA